ACCUAAAAAGCAGCGUGAGUAUAUCCACUGUUCGCUUCUUCCUCUGCCUCUUCUCCAAUUUCACCAUCUGCUUGGAUCCGCAAUGACAAGCAUUCAAAAUGCCCGACUCGAAACCUAUCUGCUCUGAUUCCAUCCCUUGAAACAACCAUUUAUUUUCUUCGAAAAAUGGCGAGUGCGGCAUUCCGAUCGAAAGGCAGGCGCUCCUCCACCGGCAGCCCGGCGGACGCUGGCUGCCUCCGGCGGUCGAGGAGCUUGAGCCGCUGUUCCGGUCGAUUCCCACCCCCGUCGCCGGAGAUCGAUGAAUAUGAGACGCCGAGAGGAAGGUUUGUGAACAAGUUGAGGGGUUCCGAGUUUGACAUUAGUCUUGAUGAUCUCGCCGACGAGUUCUUUCAAGCGGUGGCGCAGGAGUGCGAGGAGGAUGCUGCUCCUGCGGCUGGUCGAUCUAGUCGCCGGGUGAUUGGGGAGAGGUUGAUGGCGGACACGGAGUCUUCUCGUCGGCGAGGGAGGUCGGUGUCGAGGCAUCGUGCUGAUAGUGCGGCGUCGAAGGGGAAGGGGUUUUCUGGCAAUAAUGGGAAUUCGAGGCCACGGCGAUCUGCUUCAGUUUCUCGAUCUCGGGUUAGCGAAUUGGAGGUUGAUAAAACUGGUAAAUUCAGGCCCCUGAGCAAGAAGGGAGUGAAUUCUACUGGUGGGGGCCUUCAAAAGCCUUCAUUGCAUAAGCAGACUAGUGAAGACCAUGCCUUAGGAACUUCAAUGAGUCAAAAGGAUUUCUUCCAAUCACAGGAUUGCUGCUCAUGUCCGUGUUUUCAGAGCCAUUCAUCAUCCCUAACUGAUGAUGAAACACAAGAUGCUCGUUCAAGUGUAAGUGUGAAUGAGAAGACAAUACAAGAAGUUUAUUACCUUGGAAAGACAGAUCACCCUGCUGGAGAUGGUGGCUUCAGAUCCUAUGAAAAUAAGUGUAAAGAACGAAAUUUGGUAGAAGAACUGAGGGAGCUUGAAAAGUCUGAGAAACGCAAGCAGGAUUUGCUAGCUGCACUGGCUAUUGAGGAGAAACGUGGUCAAGAGCUCUAUAAAAUUGUGAAAGAGUUGCUUUCCUCUCCCAAAAAAAUAGCUGAGCCAACAAAACAAUCACCAUCUACAAAGAAACGCACUGAUAAACUGAAGAUCUCAAAAUAUUUGGAUGAAGAGGCUGAAAGAUACUUCGAGGAUUUUUUAUCAAAUGUGGAAGAUACUGAUUUAUCAUCCUUUGAAGGAGAAAGGAGUGAUACGGGAUCAACUACUAAGCCGAGCGAUGCCAUUAAUAAUGAUGAGGCGGGAAUACACCCAGAUCUACUGAGGGCUGCUUCUUCUCCUGUUGUGACAGAUGGUGUCAUGUUUCCGUGGCUGCAAUGGGAAACUAGUAAUAGCUCUUCUCCUUCACCUUGUAAAAGUAAGACAGCAAUUAAGCAGAAUUCAGAUAGUGCUAGUGGGAGUUGGAGCCCUGAAAUCCAUGAAGGCUUUUGUGCCAUUUCUGGAGAAGUAGCAAAUGUUAGCAGGCUUGGUGCAGCCGAAAGCCAGAGGAACAAGCCAGUUGUUCCAGAAAGAGGCUAUUCGUUUGACAUGGAUGAGUAUCUUCAGCUGCAGCGUAGGGAGGACCUUCUUCUAGAGGUAUGGGAGCAGAGGCAGAGAAUAGCUUCAGGUAGCCUGGUUUUGUGCAGCAGAGCCUUUAUUUGAAGAAAUUGUGAACUAAAUUUGUAUGUCUUUGUUUCUGUACAUAUAUUUGGCAACUAAAAUUACAUCCAAGACUUUUAUAAUGUAGUUAUUUGAGAGGGUCAAAUAAAUCUCCCUCCUUUUUAUUGGAAUCAUGAACAGUAUAACUUGUUGGGA